CGGAUGCCCCUCGCCCUGGCCCGGCCACCCGGCGCUCGGGGUUCAGGGCCCUGCGGGGCGCCCCCUUCCCCCGCCGUCCUUGAGGAGCCGGGCUAAGGUGGACUUUUGCUCUCCUUCCUCCUCUUCCUCCCUCCGUCUCCUUCUUCACUCCUCUUUUCACUGCCUUCUGAGCCCAGCCAAGGGACACACCUGAUCUUUCUUCUCUCCCUUCCUCCUCUCUCUCCUCCUCCCUUCCCUUCUGCCCCCUCCUCCUUCUCCCUGGGGACUCUGCGGAGAAAGGGGGCCGGGAAGGGGGCAUGUGGGUCCCCCUCUGACAGUGGCCAGGUUUGGCACGACACACGCACAGAUGGCCAAGUGGCUGCGGGACUACCUGAGCUUUGGCGGUCGGAGGCCCCCUCCGCAGCCGCCCACCCCCGACUACACGGAGAGCGACAUCCUGAGGGCCUACCGCGAGCAGAAGAAUCUGGACUUCGAGGACCCCUAUGAGGACUCAGACAGCCGCCUGGAGCCCGACCCCGCCGGCCCCGGGGACUCCAAGGGCCUCGGAGGCGCCAAGUAUGACUCUCCCAAGCACCGGCUUAUCAAGGUGGAGGCAGCGGCCAUGGCCAGAGCCAAGGUCUUGCUGGGCAGCCCCAGGGAAGAGUUGGAACUCGACACGGAGUACUCAGACCCCUUUGAUGCCCAGCCUCACCCACCACCUUCAGAUGAUGGUUACAUGGAGCCCUAUGAUGCCCAGCGGGCUGUGAGCGAACUGCCAUGCAAGGGGGUGCAGCUGUAUGACACUCCCUAUGAGGAGCAGGACCAAGAGCCAGGAGAUGGGGCCCCUUCUGGGAGGAGACCUCGCCAGAGCCGGCUGCCUCAGGAAGAUGAGCGGCCUGCGGAUGAGUAUGACCAGCCCUGGGAGUGGAAGAAAGACCACAUCUCCAAGGCGUUUGCAGUGCAGUUUGACAGUCCUGAGUGGGAAAGGACCCCAGGCUCAGCCAAAGAGCUCCGGAGACCCCCAUCCAGAAGCCCCCAGCCCGCAGAGCGCGUGGACCCGGCCCUGCCCCUGGAGAAACAGCCGUGGUUUCAUGGCCCACUGAGCCGGGCAGAUGCCGAGAACCUCCUGUCUCUCUGCAAGGCAGGCAGCUACCUCGUGCGGCUCAGCGAGACCAGUCCCCAAGACUGCUCCCUAUCCCUCAGGAGCAGCCAGAGCUUCCUGCACCUGAAGUUCGCACGGACCCGAGAGAACCAGUUCGUGCUGGGUCAGCACAGCGGCCCCUUCGCCAGCGUGCCAAAGCUGGUCCUCCAUUACAGCUCCCGGCCGCUGCCUGUGCAGGGCGCUGAGCAUCUGGCCCUGCUGUACCCGGUGGUCAUGCAGACCCCCUGACCCCAGCACCUUCAGCCCCUGCCCUGCACCGGGUGGUCCCAGAAUCACUGGCUGCAAAUGCUCCAAGUCUUUCCAGAGACUCGCCACCCCUCCAGGCCCUUGGUCUUCAUCAGAGCUGCCUUCUUGGCCCUCUCUUGGGUGCUAGGGACCAGAAUUGUGUCUUCAAGCACUCCCCUGGCCUGGAAAAUAAAUAAGUUAU